AUGGCCUCACUUACUUCAAUCGCCACGCCUUAUCGCAGCUCCACUUAUCCAUCUUCAUCGCAGGCUCUGCGAGUGAAAGUGAAAUCUGCCGGAAACACUCUUUUCUCUGCCGGCGUUAGAUCCCCUGCGACUUCAUCAUCGCUCCUGACGAUCCGAAGCGCUUCAACGAAACCUGCGAAACCAGCAGGUACACAGCUCGUAGAGCGAGAGCUUCGUGGAUUAGCUGAAGUCGAUUGGAGACAGAAGAGAGAGCUUCUGUUAGAGAAAAGGGUGAGAAGUGUGGACGUGAAGGAAGCUCUACGAUUACAGAAAGAGAACAACUUUGUGAUUCUUGAUGUUAGACCAGAGGCAGAGUACAAGGAGGCUCAUCCUCCAGGAGCUAUCAAUGUGGAGAUGUACAGACUGAUAAGAGAAUGGACGGCAUGGGACAUAGCUCGCCGUCUUGGAUUUGCCUUCUUCGGUAUCUUCUCUGGCACCGAAGAGAAUCCAGAGUUUAUUCAAAGUGUAGAAGCUAAACUUGACAAAGAGGCUAAGAUAAUAGUAGCUUGUUCAUCAGCAGGCACAAUGAAGCCGACUCAGAAUCUCCCUGAAGGCCAACAAUCUAGGUCUCUCAUAGCUGCGUAUCUUCUGGUACUCAACGGCUACAAGAACGUAUUUCACCUUGAAGGUGGAAUCUACGCAUGGAGCAAGGAAGGCCUUCCUGUUGAAGCUGAAGAAGAGUAA